AUGCUGGAUGAGUUCAACAAUUAUCGAAAGAUAAGUAGCGCCAACCCCUCUCACAGGGGCUUCACACUUGUCAGGACAGCCUUGGAUACACUCAGUAUUCCCCGUGUUGGCGGAGAUCACAACUGCCUCGUCCAGCAACCCAUGUGGGGAAAUUUACUUGAUCUUUUACAUGGAGAUUUAGUCAACAACGGAUUGCCGGAGAGAACAUUGAAAAUUGCACUCAAAGACGUCCUGGCUGCUUUGGAUUACUUGCAUACAGAAUGCCAAUUGAUUCACACAGAUAUAAAAUGUGACAACAUCCUCAUCGACAUCGAAGACACCUCGGUCUUCGAAUCCUUCACCAAAGCUGAAUUAGAACAUCCCUCCCCCCGAAAACUCGUCGACGCUAAAGCCAUCUACGCCUCACGGGCUUUCGCCCGACCACAAGAAUUCGGCAAACCAGUCCUCAGCGACUUCGGCUCUGCCGUCUCAGGCGUCGAAGUGCAAACAAAUUACGCACAGCCAGUCAUCUACAGAGCUCCGGAGAUGAUGCUGGAAGCUGGCUGGAGCUAUCCAGUCGAUAUCUGGAACUUGGGAGCUUUGAUAUGGGAUAUGUUCGAGGGCAGGCAUCUUUUCUAUGCGCAGGAUCCAGAUGGGGAAGGCUACUCGACACGAGCCCAUCUCGCGGAAAUUAUUGCAUUGCUCGGAUACCCCCCAGCAGAUCUUCUCGAGCGCGGAAAGCGGAGCCCUAAGUUCUUCGGGAAGGAUGGAGCGUGGACAGGAAAGAUUGAGAUUGCGAAGGAUGAGACGCUGGAAACGUGUGAAUAUAUUCUUGAGGGCAGGAAUCAGGAGAUGUUUUUGGAUUUUGUGAGGGGUAUGUUGACUUGGAGUCCUGAAGAUAGGAUGACUGCGAGGGAGUUACUGCGGGAUUCGUGGCUCAAUAGUGCUUGA